AUGUCAACGAUGCUCUUGCUACCCCUCAUCUGCUCAAUAUUAUUGAUUACGACUACUCGCGGCGUCACGAUUGGCAAACUGCUUCAGGUGCCCGACAAGGACCAAAAUCUCAGGAAUCUCGUGUACAAAGUGGGCCUUCGCGAUGCGAACAAUCAAAUUCGGGACACGGUCUAUUGGGUGCCGGCGACGACGCAAUUCUCGGCGCGAAAAAUCACGGUGAUGAGCGGCGGCAAGUACUACAGCACGUGGACGUUCGACAUGCUCCUUCAGAAGAGCGAAUGCAUCGUGCGGAGCACGCCGUUCGAGGAUCUGCCGAGUUGCAAAUCAUCGGGUGGUGAGAAAUUGCUAUGCACUGCUCAUGUAUCGCUCUUCGACAUCGACUAUUCAUCGGCUGAUUCGGAAGUUCAUUGCGCGCGAGCCUAA